AUGACUUCUUGUGAGCACCCAGCUCGCGCCAGAGCUUCAAGCGACCCCUACUUUAAUCUAGGGACAUUCGGUCGCAAAGUCACUACCAAUUCUCAAGAAGCCCAAAUAUGGUUUGAUCGGGCUAUGAUAUGGACGUACUGCUUCAAUCAUGAUGAAGCAAUAAUUUGCUAUCAGCAGGCGAUCGCACAUGAUGAAACUUGCGCGAUGGCUUACUGGGGGGUUUCAUUCUGCUCUGGCUCGAAUUACAACAAGACAUGGGCACUAUUCGACGAAAAGGACCGGGUCAAUGCGAUCAAAAGAUGUUAUAUCUUUUCUCAAGAAGCUCUCAAGCGGGCCGCCAACGCAUCGGAAUGGGAGCAGGCCAUCAUUAAGGCUCAUGCGAAACGGUAUCCCAACGAUGACCCAAGUAGGGAUCUUGCCGUGUGCAGCAAGGCAUACGCAGAUUCGAUGAGAGAUGUCUACGUACGCCUCGGUCUUGAAGACUUCGACAUUAUCACCCUAUUCGCGGACGCGUUGAUGAAUUGUGCUCCUCGCAAGCUGUACGACGCCUCAACAGGACUCCCGAUCGCAUCUUCACCAGUAUUUGAAGUGAAGGACUUGCUUGACCGAGCUUUGAAGAUGCCAAACGUCGAGAAGCAUCCAGGUCCCGCACAUAUGUAUAUUCAUUUGAUGGAGAUGUCGGCAACUCCCGAGGCUGCUCUUCCAGCGGCUGAGAUGAUUCGCGAAAUAUUUCCCGACACUGGCCAUACCUUUCAUAUGCCCGCACAUAUCGAUGUUCUCGUGGGCGAUUACCGGCGCGCCGUGGAGUAUAAUCUGAAGGCGACUAUUGCAGAUGACAAAUUUUUUCAACAAAAUGGCGGCCUCACUUUCUACAGCUACUAUCGUCUACACGACUACCACUCCCUUAUCUACGCCGCGAUGCUUGGUGGGAUGUCAAAAGCGGCGUUGUCGGCCACCGAUCGAAUGGAAGCGACUAUCACAGAAGAAAUACUACGGGUGGAAACGCCCGCUCUUGCGAGCUGGAUGGAAUUCUUCAAGGCCGUCAGAGUUCAUGUGCUCAUUCGUUUCGGUAUGUGGGAAGAACUCAAGAAGCUCGACCCACUGGAGGAUAAAGAGCUCUAUUGUGUCACCAACGUUAUGAGGCACUAUGGAAAAGCCAUCGCAUAUGCGGCCACUUCUCAGCUCGAAGAGGCAGGCAAAGAGCAUGAACUAUUUACAGCGGCCGCCCGCCUUGUUCCACCUACACGCCUCGAUUUUCCAAACAAAAUAGUCGACAUUCUCAGAGUGGCCUCGGCUAUGCUGGAAGGUGAAAUAGAAUACAGACGGGGUAAUUACGACGUCGCUUUUGGCAGAUUGAAGGACGCAAUAACUUUGGAGGACGAGUUGCCCUUUGCCGAGCCUUGGGGAUGGAUGCUUCCAGCAAGACAUGCCUAUGCGGCCUUGUCCCUGGAGCAGGGUAGGGUUGAGCAGGCCGCCCAGGCUUAUGCGGAAGAUUUGGGUCUCUCUCAGACACCCAAACGUGCCCACCACCAUCCGAAAAAUGUCUGGGCUCUCCAUGGCUAUCACGAAUGCCUUGAAAUCCUCGGUCGCCAUGCAGAGGCAACAAUUAUCAAGCAACAGCUUUCGCUUGCUCUUGCGGAAGCAGAUGUUCAAAUAACAUCCUCAUGCUUUUGUAGGCUUGGGAAGAAUGCUUCGUGCCAAAAGCCUAAAGCAAAUGGCUGUCAUGGCGUGAAAUCAGGAUGUCAUAGCUAG